UGGAUUCGAUAUUUUUCAUCAAAAACAUGAUUCGAUCAAAUUAUUUAUUGUCGUUCAUUUUACGAAAUUAUUAUUCAUCAAGAUAUUUAUCAUCAAAAAUUAAUAAUAAACAAAAUUCUGUUAAAGAUAAAUCAACAGCAAUAACAAUCGAUAAUGAAAAGAAUGAUUUAUCAACAGAUCAAAAAACUGAUGAUAAUGAUAUGAAAACAGAAAAAUUUGAUAUAUCAUUAAUACCGAAACAAGCAAGAGAUAAUUUUGUUAUUCAAUUCAAUAAAGAAAUACCUACAUAUGAUCAAUUGUUUGAAUAUCAUAUUGAUAAAAAAUUAUAUAACAUUGAUCGUAUAAUAACUAAAUCAAGAUUUUUUUCUGUUGAUUUUAAAGUUAAAUUACAGAAAAAAUAUGAUCUAUCAAUGGCCGAAUUUAAACAUGGUUGGCGUAAUAAAAUUGAUCGUAUUGAAACAAAACAACAAAAAUAUAUAACUCGUAGACAUGGUAUACUUGGACCGGAUUUAGCAGCAGCAAAUUUUAUCCUAUCACGUGGUGGUCGUGUUCGUUUUCGUCAUGAACCACAACGAUGGAUAACUGAUGUGAAUGAAAUUCCAAAAACAUUUGAUAAAAAAUAUCGUCUAAUUUCGAUUGAUGGUUCUGAAUUGGCCAUCAUAUUCGAAGGUUUAGAUAAUCUAAUUCUUUUGAAUGAACUUGAAGAAUUAAAUCUAGCCGGUAAUCGUUUAGAUGAUUGGUGUUGUGAUAAAUUAGCCCGGUUAUUUAGAAAUUCACAAAGAUUAAAUUAUCUAAAUAUAAAUGAUAAUAAAUUGAUAACACAUCGUGGUAUUGAAACGUUAUACAAAAUUCGAUCAUUACGAACAUUGGUUAUACGUCGUACAAAAGCUGCCGAAUUUCCAUUUAUCGAUCUAGUUAUCUUAAUGUUUAAUGAUAUAAAUCCUAAUUGUAAUAUCAUUUAUAAAUAAAUAAAACAAAACAAAGAUUCAUUUGUUUUCCAUCGUUGUUAA